CUUAUAAGUGUCUGCCACAUACUGCGCCGCGGCAUAGUUACUUCGUGGACGAUCUGGCCAUCAUGUCUGGAGCAAUUGGCUUCGUUGUGCUAUUGCUUGUCUGCUCGCCGAGCUGGGGUGUCAAUCCCGAAGACUAUAUCCAUUCCCAAGGAGCAACUAUGUGGGGUUUCUGGGGCAGGACAGAGUCAUGCUCAAAUGGAUCUUAUGCCUAUGGUUUUGAAAUUUCGGUCGAGCCAGAAGUCGGGUCACUCGACGACGAUUCCAGCCUAAACGCCAUACAACUAUUCUGUCGCAACCCUGACGGCACACACACCGGGGAGAUUACGUCAGACACAAUGGACCGAGGAGUGUGGACUGGUUCCCAUCACUGCCACGGCGGAUAUCUCAGAGGAUACGAUCUCAAGAGCCACGCUGACGUAGGCGCCAUAGGAGACAACACCGCUGCUAACGGCCUGAAGAUGUGGUGCGCGGGGGAGGAGGCGCCGCUGGAAGCCCCCGGGAACAAGUGGGGAGAGUGGCUGGGGCCUUCGUACUGCAAGGAGGGUUACGUCAUCUGUGGCAUCAUGACGAGGGUGCAGUCCAAUCAGGGAACCUUUGGUGACGAUACGGCCCUGAAUGAUGUUAAGUUCCUGUGCUGCCAGCUGUAGAUUUCGGGAGUUUGUUAUUAUUAUUGUUGUUGUUAUUUAUUUUAUUUCCUUGUAUCAGUCUUGAUAUCUUGAUUGUUUUUGUUUUUUUUUCUCUUUGGCUGGCUGUUUCUGUCUGUCUGUCUGUUUGUCUCUGACUCUGUCUCUGUCUCUCUCUCUCUCUCUCUCUCUCUCUCUCUCUUCUUUUUCCUCUCUCCCUCCCUCUCUCUUCCUUCGGCCAUCUCUCUCUUUCUCUUUCUCAGUAUAUAUAUGUUUAUCUAUCUAUCUAUCUACCUCUUUUGUUUGUCUCCAUCCUUCUCAGUAUCUAUUUCCAUUUUCUCACCUUCUAUUCCUCCCUUAUCCUCCUUUUUUUCUAUUUUUCUUCCCCUUCCAUUCCUCCCUUCCGCUGUCAUUUGCAGGAAAAAUACAGAUCCAUAAUAAAUUCCGAGAAACCGAAA